CCGACGGCUCUAGCGCAGCUGGGGGUGAGGGAGGACACAUCGGGCCCCAGGAGGCCUCUUGGCCCUCCCCAUGGGGCCCCGGGUCGCCUGCCGGGGGGCAUGGCCACCCUGGGAACGGCGACCGUGACCGUAUGCACGCCGCUAGCUGCGGGGACCCAGCUGCCCGCCCGAGUCACCCGACCCGGGCCCGCCGGAGACGGCGCCGGGAUGAGAAGGAGUGACGGCCCUCUGUGGAGCAGCGGGGACGAAUCAUAUGCAUCAGAAUUAAAUUACUUGCUGUCCGAAUGCAGCCUAAGAAGGAAAGACAGGUCGAGUUUACUGCAAUAUAAUGUUACAGAUUCUCAAAGGAACAUAUCUUCAUUUUCAAAAGAACAAAAUAGAAUGCCAGUACUCACGCCUGAAAAUAGAUAUUUAACUUCAAGAGUCACCAAAAGUUCACUUGAUGGCUGUUUUCUUUUUGAAAAAAGCUGGAAGAAAGCUGCUCUUGAAACACAAAAGAUGAAAAAAGAAUAUUCUUCAAUAUUUGGCCUGAAAGAUUUCAAGGAAGUGGAUACAAUUCCAUCUCUACCAGAAGUCCAAAGAUAUAGAACAAACACAGAGGCUUCUUUAGAUGUACUUAAAAGACAUCCAUCUGCUGAUUUGAAGACAUCUAAAAUCAGAUUGCCAACAGAGAAGAACUCCCGGAAUGAAAUGUCAAGUUCGAAUGACGAUAUGUCCACUUGCCUACCAUCAUUUUCUUUACCUCAGAAACCUCGUCAACAGUCUGUAAAAGAAGAGAAUUUAAAAAACAGGUCAAUGAAGAGUAAUCAAACAAGCAGCCUGUUAUCACUUCAGGAGAAAACAAAAAGUUUUAAUUUUAGAAGUCCUCUCACUGGAGCAUCACCAGAAUAUUUACAGAGACUUUCUGAAUUGGCCAUAUUAGAAUAUGAUACUAUUCGUCAGGAAACAGGCAAAAAACUUAAAAAAGUCAAGAAACGAGAGUUGUCAGACUGCUGACGAAUACUGUUUGGAGUGAUAUUGUUUCUACACCGGUAUCUGAUAUAUGUGUGUGUGUGGGGAUUUUUUUUGCAGUCAUGUGUAAUAUGAUGUUCAAUGAUUUACCUAAAAAUGGAAGUGUAAAUAGCUAAUAAAUAUUUUAUAUGUUUAUAUACUGAA